UUCACAAACCAGCGUGGCGAGAACUUUACGCUCCACGGAGUUUACAUUUUACUGAAGUGUACGACUGAAGGCCAGUAUACGUUUUAUAUACAGUGGAGUAUAAAGGACCCUGAUUUAAAAAAAACUUCGAGGCGUAUUAUUAUUUUUUCUGGGGGGAACAGACUUUAUAGAAGAGUGAGGUCACGUGACGACGUCUCAUUGCACGAAGAUUUGAUCUCAUGGAUCAAGUAUUACCACAGUUUAGUUGGGUUGUGACACUGACACUUAUUGCGACCAUCUUCUUCCUGAGCACAACCUGGAAAAAAAUCCAUGGUUUCCUGCCCCCGGGACCUCGACAGUGGCCUUUGAUCGGCAAUCUCCCGCAAAUUUUCGGUAAGGAUCUACACGUGGCACUUACCGACCUAAGCAAGAAGUAUGGCGAUUUGGUUUGGAUGAAGCUUGGUUCUGAAAAUGUCUUGGUGGUCAACAGCAUGGACGCAACAUUGGACGCUUUUGUGAAACAGGGCACCACAUUUGCUGGUCGUCCGUCUAAGAGGAAGUCAGUGGAAGUUAUGCUAGGGGAAGGAAGAGACAUUGUAAUGAAUGAUGGAGGAGCCGAGUUGAAAUUCCACCGCAAAAUUGUCCACUCAUUCCUAGCAGCUCAGAGAAGGGAGGGUAAAUAUAGGCUUCACAAUAUCAUGUCACGUGAGGCAACGAGUUUAGUUGACUCUCUGGAAACGUUUGGUAUGGAUCAACAGCCCUUCAAUCCCAAAAUGCAAAUUUCCCGUGUGGUGGCCAAUGUACUUUGUCAAAGUGUUCUCAACAAGAGGUUUGAAACAGCGGACGAGAAAUUUUUGAAUCAGCUACGAAUUGUUCAAGACAUUGUUGACAACAUUGAGAGUUUUAAUAUUGUGGAUCUCAUCCCGUGGCUUGAGGUUCUACCCAUUCCAAGUUGGAUGCGUUUUAAGAGAAGUUUAGAGAAAAAAGAAAAGUGGGUCAACGACUUUAUCAAUGAAAGGAGGGAAAACCUUUCAGACUGGGAUGAGAACGACUUGUUAAACAUCAUGUUAAAGCUGCAGCAAGAAGCCAUAGAGGAAAAUGACGAAGAGAAAAUGCACAUGCUCAGUGAUAAGACUAUUGGUCACAUCGUGUACGAACUCUUCGGGGGUGGGAUUGAGUCCACGACACUCUCCAUCCUGUGGUUCCUCAUCUAUAUGAUCCACAAUCCGGAGUGUCAAGAAAGAGCUGCUACCGAGGUAUUAAAAGUGGCAGAAGAGCAAGGAGGGAUUUACGCCCCUGACAAGGCCUACUACCCAUAUUUGGAAGCUUCUAUUAAGGAAACGCUACGGUUAGCCUCUGUACUUCCGGUCGGCUUUCCACAUCGGGUCACAAAAGAUGCCAAAGUCGGGGGAUACGAUGUACCUAAAGACACGAUGGUUAUUAUGAACAUAUGGUCAAUUCACCAUGAUCCCAACACCUGGAUGGAUCCAUUCAAGUUCAAACCAGAACGUUUCAUGGAGCACGGAGAGAAGAUAUAUCGUCGGGGUUACAUACCUUUCGGAAUCGGUAGCAGAGUAUGUCUCGGCUCCACGGUAGCAAAGAUGGAGAUUUUCAUGUUUUGUGCCCAUAUAUUAUCACGGUACCGAAUCGAGGCUGCCGACCCGAGCAAACUUCCGGAACUGACUGGUCAAGCCGGCCUCACAAUGAGGCCAAAACCUUUUGAUAUAGUGCUCCGGCCGAGACAUAUAGUGAACAAUUCCAGCCAUUAGAAAUGACAUUAUACCCUGAUGACUUUGUUCAAAGACCUUUGAAAUCCAGACAACCAAUGGGCAACGUCCUGUUGGGAUCUGUAGUCCAAUUUGGCAGCUUGUGAGAGUGCAAUAUCUUCCUUGGAAUGCUUUUUUUAUCAUCUUUCAUGUACUCAUGAAUAUAUUUCAUAUCACCAUUAUCAUCAAGCUAUUUAUUUUUGACUGAAAUGAUUGAUAGAUUUGAGUUAUUCCAAUGAGGUUUUCGUCAGUCGAUUGUAACGGCCAGUCGUAAAAUGAGACAGAGAAACGGAAGGCAGAUCAUAAGAAAACCCACCAAACUUCAGUAUGUUGCUGGCGAACCUUCCGCUUAUCUAUUUAUUUUGUUACAUUGUUGUUGUUGUUAUUGUUUUAUAUUUAUCCAGAAAUUGAAGGCAUUUAAGUUCUGAACGGUGAACGUGGUCAGUACGUGUGGUCAGUAUUUGUAGACAGUAUGUGAGGUCAGUAUGUGUGGUCAGUAUGUGUGGAAAAAGGGCAAUGCAAUUAGUGCUAAAAUGAGUGAAACAUUCAAGAAACGUUUGUUUUUACAAAAGGCCAACAGAUGGCGUCUCUGACGUCAAGCAAAACGCUCUCUAGUGGGAGGAUAAAAAAUUAGAUUUUGUUGCUGGGCAACUGCUUAGAAAAGCUUUAAAACAGGGGAAAAGAGUUUAUUUUUUGUGGUAAAUAAGAUUAAAAGAUGUGAAUUAUCUUUGUACGUAAAAGUUUGGAAAGGAAUGUGAACGACCAAUGCAAUCUAUUUCAUUGUUGGGUAAAUUAUUAUGUAAAAUAUGCUAAUUAUGUAAUUAGCAUUUGCAUUUAUGAUAUUUGUUGAAAAUCACAACAGGCAGCUACUCUGACCUGAAUGACUUUUUUGUGUUUUGUUUGUUGAAAAAAAUUACCAGCAUUAUUAUUUAAUUUAUCACGAAAGGGUAAUUCAUUUGAUGUCUUUUACAUGUAUGAAGUAUCUUGUCAGCAUUAAAGUCUAAAUUAUUUGUUUUGAUUAAGAUAACAUUAAGAGUUUUUGACUUUGAGACGCUGAACAAAAAUGUUGUACUAGUCUCCUGGAAUGGCAUUAAUGUGUAUUUCAUACGAAUUCUCCAAAUUCCUGGCACCUUACGGCCUCGGUGUGAAACUGGAAAUUAAAAUAUUGAUCAACUUACGUUUGUAUGUCAAGCGAGAUGUUAUCUGCAUUUUUAUAAUAAAAUAUUUUGAUGAACUACACAA